AUGGCUAUGGCUUUUACAAUUCCUCCUAUGCCGAAAGCUCAUCCAACCAAGUUUAUGCAACCGGACUUUGUAGAGGAGAUUUCCUGGAGGAUGCUUGUCGUAGCUGCCUCAAUGACUCAAUCCACAAGCUCACAGAGAGAAGCUCUCGUCUUUUAUGACACUUGCAUGUUACGCUACUCAAACCGAUCCCUCUAUGGCCUCACGGAGGAUUCCCCUCCUUUCUAUCUCGUGAGUCCAAGAAACAUAGCAUCAUCGGAAGUGGAAGGGUUCUUUGAAGAGCUUUGGAAGCUAAUCCAAAGAUUGAGUAGUGAAGCUGCAGCAGGUGGUUCACUUCGUAAGUUCGCAGUAAACAGCACAACCACUUCAGAUUUCAGGACAAUAUAUGCACAAGCGCAGUGCACGCCAGAUUUGUCCGAGCAAGAUUGCACUGAUUGCUUGGUUGGUGCUUAUGGAGAUAUCACAACUUACUGUUACGGGAAGGAUGGGGCCAGAAUUCUUAAACCAAGUUGUAACAUUAGGUAUAAGCCUGCUAGCUUCCUCGACCCUGCAAAUGUGGCACCACUUCCAUCAUCACCACCAAUAUCUCCGCCUUCACCAUCAACCAAUACUACAAAUUCAGAAGGCACUGAAGGUGCAGAUGAAAGUAGAAGUGCAAAAUCCUUGCAAUUUGACUUUGGCACCAUCAGAGUUGCUACAGAUGAUUUUUCUGAAGCAAAUAAACUCGGACAGGGCGGUUUUGGUUCUGUAUACAGGAUACCUCUACUAGCAAGGCUAGUUUGCUACCUCACCAAGCAUAAACACCAAGGAGCCACCGUUGAGAGUUCUCCGCCAAAGAACCAUCUCUGCCAAAGCUCCGCUGACCACAGCCAGCGGCUAAUCCUCCGCCGGCCAAAAGCUCCGCUUAACCACCUACGAAUAGCUCCGCUGGCCAAACGCUCCGCUCCGCCAAACUUUGGAGCUCCGCCGCUGGCUAAAAAACACCACCAGCCAGGCCUCACCGACAACACCAACCAGCAACACCGCCGGGCACCGCUGUCCAUCUCCAACCAUCAAUCGCAGCUCGUUGAAGUGGCAGCAAGCUUCGAUGAGCUUCACCGCCGAACUUCUCCGCUGGGCUUCACAACUGGGUGGUCUCCGCUGAGCACCAUGCUCCGCUCCGCCGAACAAUCUGCUAGCCAGCUCCGCGGAGCACCAAGCUCCGCUCCGUCGAACAACCCGCUAGCCAACUCCGCCGAGCACCAUGCUCCGCUCCGCUGGACUUCUCACCGCCGACUCCUCGCUGCACACCAAGGUAAGCUUCCCAAGGGAGAAGAGAUAGCAGUGAAAAGGCUCUCUAUGGAUUCUGGACAAGGAGAUUUAGAAUUCAAAAAUGAUGUCUUACUAGUGGCCAGGCUUCAACACAGAAAUUUAGUUAGACUUCUCGGUUUCUGCUUGGAAGGAAAUGAAAGGCUUCUUGUCUAUGAGUACCUCCCUAACACAAGUCUUGAUCACAUCAUAUUUGGUAUGACCGACUUCUACAUUUUCUUCAACUUCAAAAAUCUACUAUAG